CUUCCUCUUCUGCUUCAUUUUCAGGCAGCCGAAGCCAGAAUAAAAGAUGCUGUUAUGAAGUGAAAGGUGUUAACACAGUUGGGGAUCAAAUUCAAUUAAAUCUCACCACAGGUUGGAUAUUUAAGUGACUUUUUGAAUUGUGACACUAAGGUCUACAAGGAACAGUAUGGAUACUGCGGAAACCUUUACUUUUGAGACGGAUGACAGGACGUGUCAGGAGAGGGCUAAGGCCAAAGCAACAAGGAAGGAUCGACAAGCAUGUGGAAAGGACAAAGUGCCAAUGGACACUGACCUCCCAGAGGACCACGGUGAUUUUUCUUGCCAAGUCCGAUACAACCUGAACUUUUCUGACGAUAUACGCGGGAUAAAAGCCGAAUCAAAUGAGCGUGAUAGGUUUGACAUUAAGAGGCUUUUUGAUGCCGUGUCCAGUGGUGAUGUCACUAGGCUGGAGGGCCUGGAGGAGUAUCUGCAAAAAACAAACAAGAAGCUGACAAACAGUGAAUAUCGGCCCAAUGGCAAGACAGCCCUGAUGAAAGCUCUGCUAAACCUGAGAAAUGGAGAUAAUGCAACAGUGGAGCACUUGCUGGGUAUCGCAGAGAGAAUGGGACAUCUGGAUAAGUUCGUGAAUGCAGCAUAUACAGAUACCUAUUAUGAAGGACAGACGGCUCUUCAUAUUGCCAUUGAGAGGAGAAACAAGCACUUUGUUGCGCUGCUCAUUGAGAAAGGUGCUGAUGUCCAUGCAAAGGCCUGUGGGACGUUCUUCCAGCCACUUAGUGAAACUUGUUUCUACUUUGGGGAGCUUCCACUUUCUCUGGCAGCAUGUACUAAUCAGAAAGACAUUGUGGACCUGCUGAUGGAAAAAGCAGACGUGAGGUGUACAGACACUCUGGGCAACUCGGUCCUCCAUGCUCUUGUGAUGGUGGCUGAUAACAGCCCCGAAAAUACAGACUUCGUCAUUUCCAUGUACGACUACAUUCUUACCAAAGAUGCUGCUAGGAAUCCCAAACAGGAAAAGCUGGAGGACAUUAAGAACAAUCGGGGACUUACUCCCAUCAAGCUGGCUGCGAAGUUAGGAAAGAUUGGGCUGUUUGAACACAUUCUCCAUCGCGAGUUCCACCAAGAAGAGUGCAGGCAUCUGUCCCGAAAGUUCACUGAGUGGGCAUAUGGCCCAGUGUACGCUUCUCUAUAUGACCUGGAGUCUCUAGACACCUACGAGCCAAACUCUGUCCUGGAGAUAGUUGUUUAUGGCACAGAAAUACCUAAUCGUCUCGAGAUGCUCCAAACUGAGCCGCUUAAUAAACUCCUGGACGACAAAUGGAACAGAUUCGCCCACCGGAUAUUCCUGUUUAAGUUUAUUGUUUAUCUCAUUUAUCUCGCCAUCUUCACAAUUGUUUCUUAUCACCGUGAAGAAGGACACCCCGAGAUUAAAAUCUGGGAAUACGUUCCAAAAAAGGAUGAGGAAAACAUUCUUGGCGGCUACUUAAUGCUCGCCGGACGGAUCAUCAUGGCUCUCGGAUCAGUUUACUUCUUCGUCACUGUGCUGAUGAAUAUAAAGAAAAAGCGGCCGAGUCUGAAAACACUGCUGGUAGAUGGCUAUUCUGAGCUGCUUUUUUUAUUUCAGGCUGUGUUCUUUAUGAUCUGUAUGGGGCUGUAUCUCGGCGGGUUGAAGGAGUAUCUUGCCUUCCUGGUGCUCAGCGUGGCUCUGUGUUGGGUUAAUCUGCUCUACUUCUCCAGAGGAACCCGCCACAUGGGCAUCUACAGCGUUAUGAUUCAGAGGAUGAUCCUUAGUGACAUUUUGCGCUUCCUCUUCGUCUACAUGGUCUUCCUCUUUGGAUUUUCAGCAGCUGUGGUCACUCUCCUCAAAGGUGACUCGGAAGAAACCUCCGAACCAACCCCGAGAUACCACUUGAUUGGACGGACAUUGUAUGUAGAUGCUGCAGGAGGCUGCAAAAAACCCAGCUUUAAAACCAUCGCCUUCACCACGCUGGAGCUGUUUAAGUUCACUAUAGGCAUGGGCGACCUGGAGUUCACAGAGCAGUAUGAGUAUAAACACAUAUUUUAUGUGCUGCUCAUAUCCUACAUUGUGCUCACGUACAUACUGCUGCUGAACAUGUUGAUCGCUCUGAUGAGCAAGACUGUGGAAAAGAUGUCCAAGGAAAGCACCAGUAUCUGGAAACUACAGCGUGCCAUUACCAUCCUGGAUCUGGAGAGAUACGCGUGCUGCCUGAAGACGAAGUUACGCUCAGGAGUGAAGAGGAACCUGGGCAAAAAAGAGGAGGACUGGCGCUGGUGUCUCAGAGUGGAAGAGGUCAACUGGAAAAAAUGGAACCGCAACCUGGGCAUCAUAAGUGAAGAUCCUGGAGAAUGCAGUACAAUAUUGCUUCCUUCACCUCAAAGAGAGCCCAGCCGGCGAGGGUUCCUCCAUGAAAUCAGCCGACGGAGACCCAACACACGUUUGGCAGGGCAGGAGACAGAACCCCUCGCAACAACCCCGGUGUAAUGAAACUGGAUUCAAGCUGUAUUUUGUCUUCUGCACAUUUAUUUGAAUAGCGCUUUUAACAAUGGACGUUGUCUCAAAGCAGCUUUACGGAAGUAUAGAAACAUAGAGGGGGGAAAAAAUGAUAAAGUCUAAGUUAAGUAACUAUUUUAUCCCUAAUGAGAAAGCCUGAGGCGACGGUGGCACACUCCCUGUGAGGAAGAAACCUUGAGAGGAACCAGGCUCAGAACGGAACCUCAUCCUCAUUUGGGUGACACCGGACAGUGAAUAAUGUCUUUUGUACAACAGCAACCAGUUCUUGAGGAACUACUAAGGCAGUGUAGUUUCUGAGUUCAUUAUUUAAGUUGUUAAGGAGGAUUUUGGAGGACUAUUUUAUGAGUCAUUCUGACACGUUUUCUGUAUAUCGCCUACAGAGGUCAGCAACCAGCAGCUCACAGAUCAUAUCCUGUUUAUAAACUCCAACCAGUCAGUCAAACAGGAGUCUGUCCCUUUCAUAAACAAUGUUCAAUCAUUUCAUCAGGGCCAACAAAUUGUACAAAAGCUUCACUCUGAUCCAAGAUCUUUGGCUGUAAUGGGGAAGCCAUAAAUCCUGUCAAUAUAUAGUGACCAUAUAGUGGACAUAGAAUAGCUAUCAAGUGUUCGAAAGUGUACUAGACACCCUUUAUUGAUACUAAUGCUAAUUCCAAAUGUACACAACCUUUUUAAAAUACCAGGGAUUUGGUUUUAAUUGACAAAAUGACUGACAGUACAUUGGAGGUGGUAGAAUAUGUAACAAAAGGUACAUUUUAAGGGAUUUAUAGGCUUAUAUCGAAGUAAUAUGGCACCUACUGGACAUUAUUUUGAGUGCUCAGACUUGUGAAAGUGUGGAAAGGGUUAAAGCAGCAGGUGAUAAAACCCACACAACAUGAGUGUAUUAGUGAAAAGUAGUUGGUGUGUAUAGAUGUUGAUGUUUUUAAAACUGCUCUGAAAUUAUUUAUGUUGGAAUGAAUUUAUCUAAAGUGUUUUUAUUUGCUGACUUAAAGGUAGGACACUGACACACAUUCACUUGUGUUUUAAGGAUUAGUACGCUACUUAAAAUAAUCCUAACUUGGUAAAACUAUGUAAUGACACUGUUUCUGUACAAAAACUAAAUGUUAUUCUUAACCACACUAUACUGUAGCCUACACAACGAUCCUGAUGGAAAGUACACACUGACAUGAAACGCUGGAUAGGAUUGCUGUCUUUUCUUUUCUUUUUAAUCAAUAUGUACGUUUUCAAUUUGCACAGAUUUCUGAUCAUUUUUGCACAACUUAAUAAUAAUGAUCAACCACUAUAAAGAAAUGCCUUUAUUGUGCACGGUGAAGUUAAUGGAAGGCUUGCUUGGUUCUGCUGCCCUCUAGUGGCAGUGUGGAGCUACUGCAUGCAUUUCAGGUCAUGUAACGUCAAAAUUAAGACAAAAUACUGGGUGUUCUUUUAAAGUUAUGUGUUUAUCUGGUGUGAUAAGAUACUUUAUAAUAUUCAUGCUUGUCAUUGCAUCUGCGGUCUGUCAGACCUCCUUUAUUUAUUUUUUUUUUUACAAGAAAAUCUUAUAUGAAAUACAUGAAACACCUUUCUAGGAAAAUGUAUAGAAAUACAAGCCGCCUAGUGUUACUUAAAGAUGCAUUUGACUGAUUAUAUGAUGAAGUCAUUAAAAUGAUACACGAAAUUGCAUUAAGAAAAUGUUUUAUACAGUAUUUUUGUCUUUUUGCAAAACAUUAAGGUUACAUAAAGGUUUGUAAUGAUACCAAAGCAACAAAACGACAGUCUUUGCCAGCUCGUUUUGUUAGUGGAAAAGGAAACAGUUUCUGAAUUCCAGCUACAUGGGCAUGUUGUUUUAAAGAAAAUGACAACACUGUAAUUAAAAGAAAAAAACUCAAACAUUUAUUGAUCAAUUUAGUCAAUAAUAAAGGAAGCUGGAAACAAACUUACCAGCUGCCAAACAUGGCCACCAGCUUGACCAGCUGUUUUGGCAUCUGGUGGCCUGUUCAGAGCAAAAUUCUGUCCAGACUAGUUUCUCUGACAGCAUGUGAUAACUAUUCACUGUAACUUAACACAUAAACAGAUGUUUGUGUAAAUGGCAGGUUUAAAGUGGACCUUCCUUUUGUUUCGUACCUGACUGUAAAUGCAGUCUAACUUGUGGGUUUGAAAACUGUUAAAGAACCAACACCACAUCUUCAUCAUCAUCAUCAUCAUCAUCAUCUAUUUCCUUUUAUAACACUGAUCUUAAAAUAUAUUUCAAAACGCUUUCUAAUAUGAGAUCAGAAAAUAAGAAACUUAUAAAAACAAUUAAAAAAAAUUCUAAAGCUUUUCAGAUUUAUGUAACUGCCC